AUGGUGUUUUUCACCUGCAAUGCUUGUGGAGAGUCCCUGAAGAAAGGACAAGUGGAGAAGCACGUGGCAGCUUGCAGAAACUGUCGAUGCCUCUCUUGUAUUGACUGUGGGAAGGACUUCUGGGGAGAUGAUUAUAAAAGUCAUCUGAAGUGUAUAAGUGAAGAUCAGAAAUACGGGGGGGAAGGCUUUUGAAGCAAAGGCCAACAAGGGAGAUGUGAAGCAGCAGCAGUGGAUUCAGAGAAUUCAUGAAGUUAUGAACAAACCUGGCAUAACUCCAAACUUGAAGAACAUCUUGAAUCAGAUAAGCACAUAUGAUAACAUCCCAAGAAAAAAAUCCAAAUUUCAGAACUGGAUGAAGAACAGCCUAAAAAUUCACAAUCAAGCUUUACAAGAACAAGUUUGGGAGAUUUUCUCAGAAGCCACCAGCACAACAAAAGAAGCAGCUAGUAAAGAAACACCAAAAGCAGCUCACACAGCUGCUCCUGAAGAAACAUCUCAAUCUUCAGAAACCAUGGAAGAAAUGAAGAAGAAGAGCAAAAGGGAGCGCAAGGAGGAAAGGAAGAAAAAGAAUAAAAAAGAAAAAAAGGAGCUGAAUUCAGAGGAACACACAGAAUAUGAAACAAAAAAAAAGAGCAAGAAACGCAAAAUGGAAGAGGAGAUUCAGGAGAGCGAUGAUGAGGAUAGAGCAGAGAAAAAGAAAAAAAAGAAAAAGAAACAUGAAAAUGAUGAGGAGGUAGAAGAGUCAAGAACACAGAAGAGGAAACCUGAAGAAUCACAAGAACAAGAAGAUGUAGAAAACGAUGAGGAGGAGGAAAAUGAUGAGGAUAACAGCGCUAACAAAGGUAAAUUUAACUGGAAGGGAACUAUCACAGCUUUAUUAAAGCAGGCUCCUGACAAUGAACUUCCCAUCAAGAAGCUGAGGAAGAAGGUUGUCGCUCAGUAUUACAUAGUAUCCUCUGCCCAGCACAAGUCUGAAGAAGAUGUUUUUGCUACCUUCAACAAGAAAAUACACCGCAAUCCAAAGUUUAGAGUAUUGAAAGAGAGAGUAAAACUAAUUAAAUAG